UGUAGCUUGAUCUGCACUGGUAUUCGUGUUUUACGUGUACAUAUGAAUUCUAGACCCAAAAGUAAAAUAAAAUAAAGCGAUGAAUGCGCCUAAUACUAUAUGCUUUUCAACUUUAUCCAACAAAAUAUUUUAUUUAAUCUCCCACUACUUCAGUCGCUUUUCAUCUCCUUUUCUUUCUCCAUUCCUGCUAAAAAGUUAUACUAUCAUCUUUCUAUAAAAAGACGUCUUCUCCUAUUUCUUACCUGCAACAUACUUUUCAUAAGCUAAUCUUAAUUUCCACUCUAUUCAUGGCGACUCAAGAUUCUCAGGGGAUUAAACUCUUUGGCAAAACCAUUGCAUUCAACAACACUCAGACGAUGAAAAAGGAACAAGAGAUCAAACAACCUCCAGAGCCGGAUGCUACAACAGCCGUUAGAUCAUCAUCAACGUCAUCGGAUCUAACGGCGGAGAAGCGUCCGGACAAGAUCAUACCGUGUCCAAGAUGCAAGAGCAUGGAGACAAAGUUCUGUUACUUCAACAACUAUAACGUUAACCAGCCUCGACACUUUUGUAAAGGCUGCCACCGUUACUGGACCGCCGGUGGUGCACUCCGGAAUGUUCCUGUCGGUGCCGGUCGUCGGAAGUCCAAACCACCAGGCCGUGUCAUGAUCGGUAUGCUUGGGGAUGGGAAUGGUGUCCACCAGGUCGAGCUUAUUAAUGGACUGCUCGUUGAGGAAUGGCAGCAUGCCGCAGCCGCAGCUCACGGUGGUUUCCGGCAUAAUUUUCCUAUGAAAAGGCUCCGGUGCUACUCCGACGGUCAAUCGUGCUGAUGAUUAUUAGUUUUUUUUUGUUGGUUUGUUUUGGUUUUUGGGUUGAGUGGUUUUCCUAUAAACCCGUAGAAAGAACGUGGUGAAUUUGGUUGCUAUUGGGUACAUACAGGCUGUCACGUUAGUUAAUUUGUCAUUUGUCAAUCAGUCGAAUCUAAUUAGUACUUACUUUAUUUUACUACUCUCUCCAUACAAGCUGAUGAGAAUUCUUAUUAAACAACUCAUCUCUUCACUCUUAAUUAGCUAAUUAAUAUUAAUUCCACCUCGUA